AACAACAGUUCUUAUCUUCAUUUCGUUACCUUCGAUUGUGUUUUUAAAAAGGUUCCAGCUUAUAAGAAAUUUCGUUACGUCCACUCGCUUUUGAUACGGUUAAGAUGAGGGCAGAGGUUCCAUUCCCGCGCUCUCCCUCUUACACACGCCUAACUCCAUCCCAUUGCACAGCAAGAAGGUUUGUUCGGAUUGCCGUCAAAGCUGAUGCAUCUCAGACCCUCUCAGAGCUGUCAAGAAUCCACGCAAACAAUAAUGGCAUUAAUUCAUCCGAAAUUCUGCGCAUUAGAAAGUCUCUUAUGUCAAGAGAACAAACAGCCGUUGAAAUUACACAAGAGUAUUUAACCCGCAUUCAACAGACAGAACCUAAUGUCAAGAGCUUUCUUCACAUAUCCGACAAAGUUUUGAUGGAGGCGUCACAAAUCGACGAGACACUUGCCAGAAAUGAGGAGGUGGGAAUGCUGGCGGGCGUUCCGAUUGCAGUCAAGGACAAUCUGUGUACGAAUGACAUGCCGUCGACUGCAGGGUCUAGGAUUUUAGAGGGUUACCGUCCUCCAUUUGACGCCACUGCCGUCACGAAAUUGCGUCAGCAUGGCGCACUUCUCAUUGGCAAAACAAAUCUUGAUGAGUUCGGGAUGGGAAGCACCACCGAGGGUUCUGCAUACCAGGUCACUUCAAAUCCUUGGGAUUCUUCUCGAGUUCCUGGAGGAUCUUCAGGGGGUUCUGCAGCAGCUAUUGCAGCUAGGCAGUGCGCAGCAUCAUUGGGAAGUGAUACUGGGGGGAGCAUAAGACAACCUGCAUCAUUUUGUGGGGUUGUGGGAUUAAAACCAACAUAUGGUCGUGUUUCUCGCUUUGGUCUAAUGGCAUAUGCUUCAUCCUUGGAUGUGGUCGGGUGUCUUGGCUCAUCUGUUAUGGAUACUGCUAUUCUUCUUGGGGUUAUGGCUGGCCAUGACAUGUUAGAUGCAACUAGUUGUAAAUCUGAAGUACCUGAUUAUCCUUCCAAGCUUCUUCCAAUUGAGGCUUUGGAUUCUAAGCCUUUAAAGGGAAUCAAGGUUGGUAUUAUUCGUGAAACACUGGGAGAGGGUGUAGACACAGGAGUGAUAUCUAGCAUUCAAACUGCUGCUUUGCACCUUGAGGAGCUUGGAGCUACAUUAAGAGAGGUGUCACUUGCAAGUUUCUCUCUUGGUUUGCCAGCAUAUUAUGUGCUGGCAUCAUCUGAAGCUUCUUCCAAUUUAGCACGCUAUGACAAUGUCAGGUAUGGUCAUCAAGUGCCUGCUGAUGAUUUGGAAUCAAUGUAUGGUGGUUCCCGAGCCAAAGGCUUUGGUCCAGAGGUAAAGAGACGAAUUUUGACAGGAACAUAUGCUCUUUCAGCAGGGUAUUAUGAUGCAUACUACAAGCGUGCCCAGCAGGUCAGGACGCUAAUCCAAAAAGAUUUUAGUAAGGCUUUGGAGGGAACUGAUAUCCUGAUUUCGCCAGCUGCACCUACAGCUGCCUAUAAGAUAGGUGAGAAAGCAAAUGAUCCAUUGUCAAUGUAUGCAGGCGAUAUAAUGACGGUCAAUGUGAAUAUGGCUGGUUUACCUGCAUUAGUGGUGCCUUGUGGAUUUGUUAAAGAUGGUGAGACGGAUCUCCCAGUGGGCCUUCAAAUGAUCGGUGCAGCCUUUGAAGAGGAACGAUUGCUGGAGUUAGGUCAUGUCUUCCAACAAACUCUCCUGAACCAACAUUUUUUGGCUACAGCACCAGUCAAAUGAGUUAUAUUGAUGGUUCUCCUUUUCCUUUAUAUGAUGCGUAUCUCGCUGCAUGCAGGGAGAUGUGUGCUCACAUUUUUUUAUUUGUUAUUUUUUCUGAUCAUGCAAAAUUUACUAGAGAAAGUUGAGAAAUCAAAAAACAAAUAAAUUCUAAUAGAUGUAGCACUCAUUCUUUGCAUAA